UGGUGGUAGCAGUAGCAGCGGGGCGAGGGGUCCCGGUUCGCCCCCGCCCACCCGGGGGCCGAGGCUAAGGGGCGGUGUCCCGCGAGGCACAGGUGCAGCGGAGCGGGUGGGUGUAGCGCGAGGCGCGGAGCGCCGUGCCCUGCCCCAUUGCCCUUCUCUUGGCGGCGCCCGGCGGGGGAUGUGCUGGCCGCCGGGGGCGCGCCGCCCGUGGGAAGCGCGCUGCUAACGCCACCUGGGCGCCGUGGGAGCGCCCGAGGAGGAGAGGAGCGAAGCAAAGCGGGCGGUGAGGAGUCGUCGGGAUCGAGGCAGAUCUUGAUCGUUAUGGCAAAAUCUUUCAGUGGUGUGUGGUAUAUCCAGCUACAGGCCGGAUGAUCUACAGUCAUCUGAAACAUGAUAUAUACAUUUCCUCUUCCUUGUUCAUGCCUACAUGCUGACACACUACCAGUUAUGUUUCCAAAAGAGGAGUUCACAGAAAUACACAGUGCCUGAUCCUACUAGCCACUUUGAUGUUCCUCCUGGACCAUGUAGACUAUGUCAGAGAGCCACAAUGAUCAUGCACAAUAGCAGUUCAGCCUUGCCCCUGUUUUCAAAUGUGAGCUCCUUCUGGAAGAGAGAUUCCCAUGGACCAGGACUACUUGAUGAAGGAGCAUCGCUUAUUGGCAGCUAUGAUUUUCCUCAGACCACAGAGAGCUUUCCCUUCUCCACUGUGGAAUCAACAAACACAUCCCUAAAUGCCACAAUCAAAGACCCUCUGGGUGGACACACUGUCUGGCAAGUAGUUUUGAUUGCUUUCCUCACUGGGAUUGUUGCACUAGUGACCAUCAUAGGAAACAUCCUAGUGAUUGUCUCAUUUAAGGUUAACAAACAACUGAAAACAGUCAACAACUACUUCUUGUUGAGUCUUGCUUGUGCAGAUUUGAUCAUCGGUGUUAUUUCCAUGAAUCUUUUCACCACAUACAUUAUUAUGGGCCACUGGGCUUUGGGAAACUUGGCCUGUGAUCUUUGGCUCUCCAUUGACUAUGUUGCCUCUAAUGCCUCUGUCAUGAAUCUCCUUGUCAUAAGUUUUGACAGGUAUUUUUCCAUCACUAGGCCGCUUACAUACAGAGCCAAACGAACAACUAAAAGGGCUGGAGUAAUGAUUGGUUUAGCAUGGGUCAUCUCUUUUGUUCUUUGGGCCCCUGCCAUCUUGUUCUGGCAGUAUUUUGUUGGGAAGAGGACUGUGCCUCCUGAUGAAUGUUUCAUCCAGUUUCUAAGUGAACCUAUCAUCACUUUUGGCACUGCCAUAGCUGCCUUUUAUUUGCCAGUCACCAUUAUGAGUAUUUUGUACUGGAGGAUUUACAAGGAGACUGAGAAACGCACCAAAGAGUUAGCGGGACUACAGGCUUCAGGCAGUGAGGCAGAGACAGCACGCUUUGUACACCAGACUGGCAGCUCCCGGAGCUGCAGCAGCUAUGAGCUGCAACGGCAGAGCACAAAGCGCUCCAGCCGUAAGAAGUACAGGCGCUGCCACUUUUGGCUCACAAUGAAGAGCUGGGAACCCAAUACAGACCAGGGGGAUCAAGAGCACAGCAGCAGUGACAGCUGGAACAACAAUGAUGCUGCUGCCUCCCUUGAAAAUUCAGCCUCAUCUGAUGAAGAGGACAUCACAGCAGAGACCAGAGCUAUCUAUUCAAUCGUGCUGAAGCUUCCUGGUCACAGUGCCAUCCUCAAUUCCACAAAGUUGCCCUCCUCGGAAGAUCUGAAUGAGUCAGCAGAUGAACUGCAGAAAUCCGACACGGACUCACAGGAAAAGAAACCUAAAAAACUGCAACCUCCCAGAAGUAUUCAGGAUGGUGGAAGUUUCCAGAAGAGUUUUUCAAAGCUUCCAAUUCAGCCAGGGUCAGCAGAGACAGCUACAGCUUCUGAUGGCAUCUCAUCAAUGACCAAGACAUCUGCAGCCCUGCCUUUGUCCUUCAAGGAAGCAACUCUGGCAAAAAAAUUUGCUUUGAAGACCAGAAGUCAAAUCACAAAGCGAAAACGAAUGUCACUUAUCAAAGAAAAGAAAGCAGCACAGACACUCAGUGCCAUUUUGUUUGCCUUUAUCAUUACCUGGACUCCUUAUAACAUCAUGGUUCUGGUGAACACCUUUUGCAACUGUGUCCCCAAAACUGUGUGGAACCUGGGGUACUGGCUUUGCUACAUCAACAGCACAGUGAACCCGGUGUGCUAUGCACUGUGUAACAAAAUGUUCAGAAAUACUUUCAAGAUGUUACUGCUGUGCCAGUGUGACAAACGAAAACGACGCAAACAGCAGUAUCAGCAAAGGCAGUCUGUCAUUUUUCAUAAGCGGAUCCCUAGGGAGGCUUCAUAGAAUAGUAUUUUUUAAACAACUGAAAAAAUAAUGGAGAAUGGGAUGGGACAGGAUUAGAUAGGUUUGGAAGGGAUGGGGUAGGAUAGGAUGGGAUGAGAUUGGGAGGGGCUGGAAUGGGACAGGACGGGAUGGGGUGGGAGGGUGGUUCCAGGGUGCUGAUUCAAACAUUUAAACAUCAGGACAUGAAAGCAGCUGCCGGGCAUAUGUAUCCUUUUAAUAAAUCUGGUUUAAUAUAAAAAUGAAGUCUGCAUUCAGCAAAAACUAACAAACUUCAACGUUUUUACUAAAGAAUGAAAGACUUAAUAAAGUUUUCGUACAAAUUUGAAAGAAGCUGUAUAGCAAUUGUAAACCCAUUACUGAUCUGCCCAGCUCUUUGAUUGUAAUCAACUCUGGGAUCUCAGGUAAGCACAUCUAGCUAGCCCAACUCUUCUGUUUCCAAGGAAUCCAACAGCUUUCAAUUCAAGUCACAUGCGGAUGUAGCAAGCCAGCAAAACAGGAUUAUGAAAUUAUUUGAGACACUGUAUAGGUUGCAAAAUUGCUUCUUGUUGUCAAGGUAGAGCUUCCUGUCUACUUCUCUUUUGGUGUAUUAUUAUUAAUUGUACCCCUGAUUCCUGGUCGCCAAAUGUGCAGCUCAUGUGUGCAGCUCAUGUUAUAUAUGUAUGUGUGUGUGUGAGUGUGUAUGUAUGCAAAAAAUACAUUCACAUCUCUAAAAUACACACAUACCAGGAAAGAGGUAAUCUAUUGGUCUAGUUUUUUCAGGGCCCCACAUCACUCUUGCAUGUGAGUGAAAUUAAAAUAUAUAUAUUAGAAAAUUGUAUUAUAAAUAUUUAUCUCAUUGUUCACCACCUGAAAUUCAGGUUCAUCUCUCCAGCCAAAACAAAUGGAGAGAACAAAAGCGUUGCCUGUGAGCCUGUCUAUAGAGUUUUAUAAUGGGGCGUGUGCCCAGUGUAACCUUUGCCUUGAGCACGGUAUCUCUCCCCGCAUGAGAUUACAUCACUUUAAAGAAUAUGAAGGUGAAAGGAAUUGAUGGUCACAUGCAGGGCAGAGCACGUGUUUAUCUUUGUAGAGUGUGGAAUAGUGAGAGCUCACAUCUGAGCUAUCAGUGCUCAAAGGCUCAGUGGUCAGACGGGUGCAGACAUGAUCAGCAGCCCCAUUUCAUGCUCAACCCAGGUGAUCUUCAGAUGUGAAAGCUGUGUGUAAAAGAAAUAAUCUGUUUUUGCAUGUGAAGGACACUCAUUUUAAAGUGUUUCUUUUCCAGAAUCUCUUUUAAGUAGAAGUAUACCUAAUUCUGUUUAUUGCCAUGUUACUUGGUGUUUCAGAAAAUGUGGAUAUUGCCAUUUGUAACCUGGUAAUUUUUAAUAAAGAAAAUUUUUAAAGGGCUUUCAUAUUUCUAGCUUAGACAUGACCAGUAUUUCCUGGCAUUUGUGAUGUGGUCUGCACUGAACAGUGUGAUUUAUAGAAGUCAGAGGUCCCCCAGGGAAAGGAUUGUACUUUAAACUGUUCUAAAUCUGAUUUAUUUACAUGUUGAAAGAUAAUUUUGUAUUGUCUUUGAACUGACCAAAACUUUUUUUAUUGCUUACACUUUUUU